AUGUCGAGUAUCAUGAUAUUUUUUCUAGCUGUGAUAGCAGUAAUUGGACCACUACAAAUAGUAGAAAGCGCUCCGUCUCAAGUCUUAGACAUAAAUAACAUUUUAGAACUUUUUAAGCAAGAAAAUCUGGCAAAGGCUGCCAAUCGGCUGCAAAAAAAUAAAGCCGCCUCGGAUUCCGAAAGUUUAAUUGACGAUUUAGUUGAUUAUUUGGAUGAUAAGACCGAUAGUGACAAGUUUGAUAAUCGCAACGCAAGACUGACAAAACAAAAAGUAAUUGAUUUAAUAGAAUCAGUGGCUAAUCAGAAGAAAAGUAAAUCUCGGAAUAACAAUAACCGUAUUUAUCGAAAGGAAAAAACCAAUCGUGACCUGAACACUUAUGAAAGUCGUAAUGAUAAUCGAGAAAUACUUCAAAGAAAUCUUCUUCAAAAUCUUGUUAUUGAGCAACUGCUUUCUAGAGGGUUAAAAGAAGACGAAAUCAAAGAAAAGAGUAAAGACUAUUUAUCAAAUGGUAUCAAACCUGAUCGUGUAGCAUUUUCUUCGAAAGCGGAUAAAUUUAAAAGAAGAGAUAAAAAUAAGAGACCCACUCGUUUAGAAGAUUAUUCAAAAGUUGUUGUAGUUUUGAAUCCGCAAGCAGUUCGAAAGAACGGGAAUAAAAAGUCGUUAAAUGAUCUAAUUUCGAAGAUACUAUCCGUAUCAUCGCCAUCAUCAAAAAACAACCAUCAAGCUGAAAAUCACAUACAAAGAAGAAACAGGCAAUCUAAAGAAAGACUGCAUGCUCGAAGGGAUUCUGCGGGUGAUGAGUAUAAUCAGAAAAGGUCAAACCGAAAUAGCGGACGAACAGCGAUACCUUACAUUAGACAUAGAGGAGACAUAUACGAGAAAGAAGAAUAA